CUGUCAUAAUUCUGUGCGCUGCCCUUGCAGAAUAUUAAUGUGUAACGAUGGCCUGUGUCUAACAUAAUUAGACACCCGGAAUCUCCUCGGCUCGAAUAAAGAGACGUUUUUAUGGAGGGACAUUUCUAUAAAAAAGAGAAAACAAUGAGGCCUAAUAGGAAAAAUUAGGGAAAAGUGUCAAGGUGAGGAAUUCAACACACAGCAGACAUGUCUUCUCAAAUGCAGGCGUUUUCCUCUCCCUCCGUGUCCUCCAGUGGCCUGUCCCGCUCCAAGAAACUGAAGUUGGAAAACCAUGCAUGGAACGUGAGCAGCCAAUCAGGUGAGAGUAGCUACUACCAGCACAGCCCAAACCAGCCGAAUGGCUCCUCCCCCUCCACAUCUGGAUUCAACCCCAAUUACAACUCCUCCAGCCUGGUCUUUUCUCCUUCUGGAGGCUCGCGGGAACAGACAGUGGUACGUGCCGCAGACAGCACCGGCAGCGUCCCAGAGCCUUCAUCAUCCUCCUCAUCAUCAUCCACACCCAGUCAGCAUGGAAAAGAUGUGGGCUCCACCUCUCUGACAUGUGAGGGCUAUCGGAGACGGGGCAGUCUGAAGCGGAAGAGCGAGGAGGUGGACAGCAGCGACAGCGUGCAGAUUUUGGAGGAGCUGUCGGCUCCUGUGCUCCCCAACCGUGUGGCCGGAGGUGGAGGCAACGCCACGGCUCAGUCCAUCGCUCAUUCCACGUCCACCACCAAAAGCAGCAACUCCCACAGUGAGGGCGACUACCAGCUGGUGCAGCAUGAGAUCCUCUGCUCUGUCUCCAACAGCUACGAGGUGCUGGAGUUCCUCGGCCGGGGAACAUUCGGACAAGUCGCGAAAUGCUGGAAGCGUGGAACUAAUGAGAUCGUGGCCAUUAAGAUUCUCAAGAAUCAUCCGUCAUAUGCCCGCCAGGGUCAAAUAGAGGUGAGCAUCCUCAGCCGUCUGAGCACAGAGAAUGCAGACGAGUUCAAUUUUGUGCGCUCUUACGAGUGCUUCCAGCACAAGAACCACACGUGUCUGGUGUUUGAGAUGCUGGAGCAGAACCUCUACGACUUCCUCAAGCACAGCAAGUUCAGCCCACUGCUCCUCAAGUGUAUCCGGCCGGUCCUGCAGCAGGUUGCCACAGCGCUGAUGAAGCUGAAGAGUCUGGGUCUCAUCCACGCUGAUCUGAAGCCUGAGAACAUCAUGCUGGUGGACCCCAUCAGACAGCCCUACAGAGUCAAAGUCAUCGACUUCGGUUCAGCAAGUCACGUCUCGAAGGUGUUGUGCUCAACCUACCUGCAGUCUAGAUACUACCGAGCUCCUGAGAUCAUUCUGGGCCUUCCGUUCUGUGAGGCCAUUGACAUGUGGUCACUAGGUUGUGUCAUUGCUGAACUGUUUCUGGGCUGGCCUUUGUAUCCGGGAGCCUCAGAAUAUGAUCAGAUUCGGUACAUUUCCCAGACUCAAGGUUUGCCAGCUGAGUAUCUCCUGAGCGCCGGGACUAAAACCAGCCGUUUCUUCCACAGAGGCCCAGACUCCAGCUACCCUCUCUGGAGACUCAAGACUCCCGCAGAGCACGAGGCAGAGUUUGGGAUAAAGUCCAAAGAGGCUCGCAAGUACAUUUUCAACUGCCUUGACGACAUGAUGCAGGUCAACAUGACUAACCUGGAGGGCACAGACAUUUUGGCAGAGAAGGCUGAUCGGAGGGAGUUCAUUGACCUGCUGAAGAAAAUGCUAACUCUCGACGUAGACAAGCGGAUCACGCCUACUAAGACCCUUAACCACCCGUUUGUGACGAUGGCUCACCUUCUUCACUUCCCACACAGCUCACAUGUGAAGUCCUGCUUCCAAAACAUGGAGAUCUGCAAGCGCAGGUGUACCGCCUUCGAUAACAACAAGAACCUGUUCGCCAGCCACAAUGCUCCCAGCGCAGCCACCAACCUCACCGUCACCUUCAGCAGUCAACUCAAUCAGCACAGUCAGAUGGCCUCCACAGGCGGCCAGUCCCUGUCUCUUAGCAGCAACGUCCCUCUACUGAACUACCAGCCUGGUCUGUACCAGCAGGCCACUAUAAAUAUACCAGGCUUGGCUCAGCAGAGUGUGCCAUUGCAGGCUCGCCCUACUCAGCUGUGUGCCCAGACAGAGCCCUUCCAGCAAACCCUCAUUGUGUGCCCUCCUACCAUCCAGGGGCUGCAGACCUCCAGUAAACACGCUGGAUAUCCAGUGAGAAUGGACAACUCUGUACCCAUAGUGCCCCAGAACCAAUCUACCCAGCCUCUACACAUUCAGCCCAGCAUGCUCACACAGCAGGGCUGGCCAGCAGGGACCCAGCAGAUCCUCAUUCCCUCUUCAUGGCAGCAGAUGUCAGGCAUGACCAUGCACAAUCCCAGCCAGCCUGUGCUGUCUGACUCACCCAUGGGCUCUCUGCUCUCGGACAACACCAGCCAACAGAACAGUAGCUGGAGGGGUCGACAUGGAGGUCAGUGCGAUGGGAAGCAGCAGGGCUCUGCGCAGGGGCGUAACGUGAGCACACAGCCCUCCCACACAAAGGCAGCCAGCAGUCGUACACAGCAGAGUAGAGUAAAGAGGUCAAAGGGUCGACAUGCCGAGAGCAGAGCCAGACCCACGUCCUCCCAGCAGUCGACUUCUUCAGUAGCACACAACUGUGGUGAUGCGUCCCAGCCCAUCAUCAUCUGUGACACGCCCAGCCCCGCCGUCAGCAUCAUCACCAUCCACAGUGAUACUGAGGACGAGGACGACAGGAAGUUUCCUCCUGAAAGCUGUAGUGUGAACCAGCGUACAAAUGUCAUCAGCUGUGUGACUGUCCAUGACUCCCAGGACUCGGACUCAUCCACCAGCACCCCUCUCAGCCCCAAAUGCCUUCCCAACACACACUCCAAGUCUCUAGCCAUGGUAACGCCGUCAGUGAAAAAACAGCGCUGGGAUGGAGCGUCAGGAGAGCAACGUACUAAUAUCUCUGGAAAAUCGAAGAAAGGAACGGCCUCACAGUCCAGCGACCGGCAUCACAGAGCAGCAUCAAACAGAUCUCAGCCUCUCAACCUGAGCCAGGCGCAGCAAUCAAUGAUGUCAUCCCACUGCCGUGCAGGGGGCGGAUCCCUGAGACGCCAGCCCACCUACCCUCCUACAGGCCCCUCCCACUCCUACAGGCUUCAUGAAGCAUCGCUCUUCGGCUCUGCCUCCAGUCUGUAUGCAUACCCUGCAUCUGCAGCCCUGGCCUCAGUGUCGCAGGCCGUGGACCAGCUGCACAAUUCAGCCAGUUCCUGUUCCUCGUCCUCCGGCCGGCACACGCGCACCGUUGGCCCGUACUCAGCCUCUCUGAGCCUUCUGCAGAAGAACAGUGCCAUGGGCGUCAUGUGUCAGGCUUCAGCGCCGUAUCAGCACCAGCAGCUGUCCACACCGUCCUAUCAGCGGUCUGCGGCGUUUCCCCUCAGCCGGAGGAAACUCAACCAGUACCCGUACCUGUGAGGAGCAGCCGUCUGAGCAUCUGCUGUGAUAUAUGGGUAAUACCAGAAUGGUGUCAUGGAUGUUUAAGUGGAAAUGUCAUUUUAGCUUCUUUUAUCUCGUUUUAGUGUUUUAUUUUCUUCAAAGCAUUUCAGUGGAGCACUUCUUGCAUUUUAGAUCAUUUCAAACCAUGUCAUAAGCACAAAACACUGGGCUGGUUUUUAACUGUUUCUUAAAAUAUCACCCGCACAGAAGCCUCUGGAUGUCCAGAAAAAAAACCAUCACCUUAAAACACAUCAAACUUCGUGUUUGACUAGAAAAAGAAACAUGGCUGUUUGGAAUAGCAUACUAUCAUACUACUCUCACGGUUUCUGCAGUGUACAGUAUGCAGAGGAAAUGUAUGAGAUUUUUCCAAAGUGACUUACAAAUGAGAAAUACAACAAAGUGAUUCAUGCUAAGAUGACUAUAACAGCGCACAGUGUGUGGAAUUAUGUAUCCCACAAUGCAACACACUCAAUUUGAAAUUACUAGUUCGUUCAUUGUGAUGAAUGAGACAACACAUUUUAACAUAUCUCUCUUGACUUAUUUGAAUAAACUGAUAUUAUUUUCAGCAUAAUGCAAAAAAACGAAAAAUCUUAUUC